CACCUGGCCCCAUCACAGCGCGGACACAUUAUGGUAGACAAUGUAUCUCUACUGAGCCUUCCCCUGGACUCUGGGACCAGAAAUGCACUCCUACGGCUGCCAGGUGAGCUGCGCAACCAAAUAUACCGCUUCGUAAUUCCCGGCAGCAUCUGUGUCAUCUCCUGGGAUACAGAUGUCGAAAACCUCCAAAAGUUGCUCCCAGGCAUCUGCAAGACGAGUCGACAAAUGCAUGAUGAGACAAUUCCGAUCUUCUUCCAGAACAUCGUCUGGCUCCUUCCGCAUUCGAAAUACGUCUGGCCAUUCGCACAGUUCCUAUAUUCAUUUCCGAAUGGCAUAGGAUUCCAAAACAUCCGUUCUGUGGUCCUGCAAGAUCUCUCGAUUCUCAACACGAAGCUCCUCCGACGUUGCCCGAAGUUGCGAACGUUAGUCUUGGUCUUUGAUGGUCCGGAGAUAGCUGGUCGUGACCUCAUCAAGCGGGGCAGGUGGAAAACGGAAACGAUUGCCAAGACAUACGAUUUGGAUCCUAUCUUCGACUUGAAGCUGCUCAAGAGGUUGAUCCUGGGAUUCAAAACCUCUGGAGGCUGGGCCCACCCCGGAGUUUCAACAAACUUAGAAAUCGAGACUUCCUUCAUGGACGAGAUUCAAAGGCGCGAGAGCCAAGCGAAGGUUAUGGCAUUGCGAAAUCUGCCGUGGAAUACGGGGCAAUGGGUUGAGGAGCUUCUUUUGGACCAGAUCACGAACGAGGAAGAGGACUAUGUUGAGGAUGAGGAGUAAUCGGUGAAAAUAAAACAUGUCCUGAUGCUGCGAACGUUCACUACGUGGAUGGAGAAACUCUAUCACUGAAUCGUUGACAUUUUUCGCGAGCUAAGAGCUCUGGAAGGCGGAGGAACGAGGAGAGUAGAAGAAACCAGUGAGAUUAGCGUAUUCCAGAAAUGCUUGGAGUUAUUCGAGACCACAACCGAUUAGAAGAAGACCUGUUAUUUUCCUCAGGGAAAUUAGAAUUUGCAAACCGGGGCUACAACAAAGCUGGGGAAAUAAGAGACACCUAAGGGCUAAGUGAUAGAAGCGCCCACAAUGCAUUUUAGGAGAGGUAUUUGGCUAUGAG